ACCGACGAGAGAGUGAAUACAGCGCUGUCGGGGGGGAGAACGGGGGGAGAACUUUUCCCUCAAAAUACGGUACGAGAAUCCUACAUUUCCCAUCAGGCAACACUCGAGUGGUGGUCACGUGUUUGGAGGAGAUGGACCGGGACCAGAACCAGGAUUAGGAGAUGGACCGGGAUCAGAUCCAGGAUCAGAUCCAGGACCAGGAUCAGAACCAGGACCAGGAGAUGGACCGGGACCAGGAGUCCAGCAGCAGGACCAAAGCGGACUCUUCCUCCGCUGGUCUGCAGAAACAUAAAGCCAAAGAGAGAACCACAAGUUACUGCUGUGAUAGGAGGGAUAAAGUCCUCACCACUUCACCAGGUCUGAAGGUCCGAAAGAGGAUUCAUACUGAAGAGAAGCUGUACACCUGUGAACAGUGUGGGAAAGCUUUUAUCAAACCAAGUAUUUUAAGGCGUCAUUGGCGUGUCCAUACUGGAGAAAAGCCGUACAGAUGUGAUCAGUGUGGUGUGGCUUUUACCCGAAUAAGUGAUCUAAGGAGUCAUCAGCGUAUUCACACUGGACAUAAGCCUCACAGAUGUCAUCAGUGUGGGGCAGCUUUUACCUUGUCAGGUCAUCUAAGGAGUCAUCAGCGUAUUCACACUGGAGAAAAGCCUUACAGAUGUGAUCUGUGUGGGGCAUCUUUUACCCAACAAUGUCAUCUAAGGAGUCAUCAGCGUAUUCACACUGGGGAUAAGCCUUACAGAUGUGAUCAGUGCGGGGCAGCUUUUACCCAAAAAGGUAGUCUAAGGAGUCAUCAGCGUAUUCACACUGGAGAAAAGCCGUACAGAUGUGAUCAGUGUGGGGCAGUUUUUACCCAACAAGGUGGUCUGAGGAAUCAUCAGCGUAUUCACACUGGAGAUAAGCCUUACAGGUGUGAUCAGUGUGGGGCAGCUUUUCCCCAACAAGGUAGUCUAAGGAGUCAUCAGCGUAUUCACACUGGGGAUAAGCCUUACAGGUGUGAUCAGUGUGAGGCAGCUUUUACCCAACAAGGUCAUCUAAGGCGUCAUCAGCGUAUCCACACUGGAUAAAAAAUUGUCUGUGAUCAGUGUGGGGCAGCUUUUACUCUGAGAGCUCAGUUAAAGGUACCAAUUUAGACAUGUUAUG